AUGGCUCCUCUGGAAGGGCUAUCGGAUGCUCAUGCGAUCCUGCUGGCUACACAAAGUUGUACCACUGGUGAUGUGACCGGCUUACCUGCCCUGCAAGCGCACUACCCCCAUUGUUUUCCACUGGAACGCCUCCUCCGCAUCGUCUUGACCUACCUACCCGAGAGCACAGAACCUUCUACCUAUGUCUCAGUCCUGCAACAGCUGACUGAAAACUCCCCAUCGGUUUCUGGGGACUGCGAUAUUGAUAUAUCGGCCGUCAAGGACUUGUCCGAGGCAGUAGCACGGAAACGUGUUCGAAGGCUUCGUCUACGACCACUGAAGCGCGAGGACGAGGAGGAAGAAGUCGAGUCUGCGGACCCCUUAACGCAGUUCCUCAUCCAUCGAGCAUAUUUGAUUGAUACCGAAACCGCCCUACAACCUCUCAUUCUGGGCCUUCUCCUUCCCUUCUACGAAGAGCGGCCCAUCAUUCGAACAUGGUUGAUCUCAAGUCUACUACCAGCCCUGCGACUCAAUUACGAAUACUACCCUAACCGCGACGAGACGAUUUCGCUGGAGACACUGGAGUUGAUGGAUGAUCAGACUGCCAUCAACGUCCUACUAUCGAUUACUGGCUCCGAGUGUAACAACAUGGAUUUGGUCAACAAUCUGAGGGGGUUGAUUGGGCCAUGGCUGUAUGGUAGCAAUCGAGCAAAGAGACGGAGAUUGAACGAGAGCGCGCAUCAGAACUCCAUCUCCUUCGUUCAAGGAACGCCGAAACCCCAACCCACUGAACUGGCCGGCUGGGAAUACGUGAACGAAUGGCUAUUAUCACGAAGCCUUGUCGAUCACAGCAGCGUCGUUGGCGCUUUCACCAACUGGAAUGGCCCUGUAGAUAUCGAUUUGGGGGGCUACGAUGACAACGAAACUCAAAUAUCGCCCGACCAGAAAACAGAAUUAUUGAAUCGAUACGGACAGUCUGGAUUGUCUGUGGUCUAUGCUCAUGCGGAUUCGUCACAAGCCGCGUUGGAUGGAUCAUUCCAGGUCGUGGCUAGAGUUGCAAGAUUACUUGAGCUCGAAGAAUUCUCAUACUUGGACUCGUCCGACUCAGCCCUUCCAUCAGUGGACUAUGACACAGAGCGGAUUUCUUCAACAUCACGGGCUUCGCUUUUACAGAACGCCCUCCUAGCACAUGGAAACCCUUUGACUAAACCAUCGCCAUCCUCGAUCUCUUUCCUCAGUGCAUUGCUUCUAUCUCUGCGUAUUUUGACCCAGCUCGGUCAUCUGCUUCCGUGCCGGGUUGUGGCCAACCUUGCGCUACACAGCAGCGAAGAGAUGCAAUUAGCGGAGCUCAAGAGUGUGGUGUCGUCGGCCAUCAAACAGCAACGAUCCAGACAAAAUUGGGAUUUAGUUCGACAGCAGCUGCUAUGGCUUCGAGAUUGGCAAGCAGAACAUUCUGACAACGGAUGGGAAGAGCCUUCUACCCACCAUGGGCUUUUCUGGAAAAUCUCACGGGAAGCAGUCGAGACGGAGAUCUUGAAGGCUCUGCUCAGCGCCCGAGAGUACCAAUUGGCCGUGGACCUAUACACUCAGCCCGAGUCACCGCUCAACGCUUCCCAGGUAGAGGCUGCCGUGGUAGAAGCCAUCUUUGCAGCCUAUGAUAAUGCAAGCAAUGGCAACCGAACCCGGGGAGGGAUGAAAAAAGCCUAUGAUAUCUUGCAAGAGUUCCAACCGCAUUUCCAAACAUCUAUUCAGCUCAAGCAAAUCAGCUCUCUCAUCGCCGCAACACACGCCUUGUCCUUCUACUCCUUGACUUUACAACAUGGCGUCCCAUUCGAACCAGUCAGCAUUCGGGUUCACCACGACCCUCUCUCUUUGGUCGAAAAGGUUCUCGAUCAGAACGUGAAGAGCUACACCAAACUAGACGACCUUAUUUCCAUCGGCCGCAACUUGGUCAAAGCCGGCCUCCCCACCCACCUAUCAUCAAGCGAACAUGAAAGCCAUCACCAGCAAGAUCAACUCUCCGGGGAAGAUUUACUCGUCACCGCUGAACGACGCAUCACCUCCCUCGCCAUAUCCUCCGCUUUAAACUCCAACGACUUCGGAACAGCCUACUCCUACAUCCUCACCCGCCUAACACCACCAUCCAUGCUCCCAACCUCCUCACCACUCCUCACCACCCCAACCGUCCCAGACGACAUCUCCUGGCGCGCCGUCUACAACGCAGGCCGCUACCGCUCCGCCUCACCCAACACCUCCGCCUCUCUCCAAUCCCAAAUAACCCACCUCUCCCAACGCAUGGAACUCCUCUCCCUCGCACUAACCCUCGUCCCCUCCCCCGACCCCCUCCCCGAAAUCCUCGGUGCCUGGCGCCGCUGCGACGAGGAAAUGUCCUCGCUCCGCGCGCGAGAGCAACAAGAAGAGGACGUCUGGGAUGCGAAGGGCGACAGCCUCUCCACCGUCCCGGGUGGCUUCGGUCCCACAGACUCCGAGCGCGACGCAUUCGACACCGCCCAGCAGCGUGCGGCUCGACGGGCCCGUGCUCGCGCCGCGAUGCCACAUGCUCAUCCGCACGAGGCGCCCAUGGGUCUGUUUGAGGUUGCUCGCGGCGCGGCUAUGGCGUUGCAUAAGAAUGCUUUCCCGUUGCGUGGGGCUGCUGAUGCGUCUCGGGCGCCGGCGAGCGCUGGGUCUGGGGAUGCAGAGCGGUCUUUCUCGCCUGACCAGGGCGAGGGUCGUGUGCGGAAGAGAGAUAUGGUUAGUAAUAUGGUGACUGGGGGAUUGGCAAGUGGUAUUGGAUGGGUUCUUGGUGCCGAGCCGGUGAAUCGGUAG